GGGACAGGGCAGAGCCAGGACCCUGACCCCAGAGCACAGAGGCCCUGUCCGACACCGGCCCGAGGGAAAGGGGCGCAGACACUGGCCGUGGGAGCCCCUAAGCCCCCGCCUGGCCGAGAUGUCACGGAGGAGCUCGGUCCGAGGGGGGACAGGCCCCCGGCCCAGGGCCAACCCCGGCGGCAUCCUGGUGAUGAAGUCCUGCGCGCCGACCUGCCCCAACAGCACCGUGUCCUCGGACGGCCGCGCCCUCUCUGUCUCCUGCUGCCAGCACAGCCAGUGCAACCGCAGCGCGGCCCCGGGCCUGGUGGGUGGCCGGGGGGCCCUGUGGGCCUGCACCUUGGCCAGCCUGCUGUGGGCGCUGCUCCGGGCCGCCUGCUGAGCCCAGCCCCCAGGCCGGCCCCGGGGGGGGGGGGCGUGUCCCCUCCCAGCCUGGACUCAGCCGGCCCAGCUCCCAGCACGCCCCGGUGGGGAGAUCCCCCUGUGGCCUGUCCCUCACCCCUGCUUCCCCAGGCUCCCGCCCCAGGGAGGGACAUGCCCCCUGCCCCAGGGGACCCACCAGGGUGGGAAGCCCAGGCCUGCACCUGCGGGGGUCCCUCUGGGGGGUGGGCAGAGCACCUCUGUUCUCCUCAGCAUCCCCCACCCCGACACAGGGCUGCUGCCCCGAAGAGGGCCCCGUGCUUGCUGACCACCAGGCCCUCCCGCUCUUCCUGCAGGAGGGCCUGCGGAGGGGCAGGCGGGUCUGAGGUUUGGGGGCUGGGUCUCUGGGGCUUUCUUCCCGCUCCUGUGCUCACUCAUCCAUCCACGUCGGCCCCCCAUCCCGGCCGGUGCGUCCACUCUUGACAGGCCCACUGGGGUCUCCUGGGAGCCAGGCACCCCAGGACGGCCCUCUGGGGGCCCCCAUCCUGGGCUCUAUCUCGGGGACUCCCAGUUUCUGCUGCCCGGCCCCACAGUCCCGCCGGCCCGGCUGCGUGGAAGCAGGGCUCUGCCAGGGUCCCCGGGGCCGCCCGCUGCGGGUCUGGGCCAGGGCGCCGAGGGGACCGGGGUCGGGCUCGGGGUCCCUCCUCCCUGGGCUCGGGGGCUGCCCUCUGCCC